AUGCUUACUGUUGGACAGACCUCAUUCAUCCUGUUUGAAGUGCCUAGCAACCUCCUUCUCAAGCAGUUCAGCCCUCAUGUCUGGCAGUCUCGCAUUUUCUUCAUGUGGGGGAUCAUCACGGCCUGCCAGGCUGACUCGCAGAACCGGCACCAGCUCUACGCCAUGCGCUUCCUCCUUGGCAUGUUCGAGGCGGGCAUGUUCCCCGGCGUCAUGGCACAACUCUCGAGUUGGUAUCGUACUGACGAGAUGGGCAAGCCCGUUACCUGGCUAUAUACGCUUGUCAACUUGUCGGGCAUCGUCGGCGCCCUGCGCUGUUACGGUAUCAGCUAUAUGAACGGGCUCCAGGGUCUCAGCGCCUGGCGAUGGGUCAACAUUCUCGAAGGCGUCGCGACUGUCUUGUUUGCUGGCAUCGUCUUCUGGAGGCUGCCAGACUACCCCAAGUCUCCUCGCUCCGGGCGCUUCCUGUCUGAGCGAGAGCAAGAGUUGGUCGAGGCUAGGCUCCCAGAGAACGCACCCGUCACCAGCGAUCCUAACUUUUCGGGCAAGGAGAUUGUGGCUACCCUUCGCGGCCCUUUGAUCUGGGCCUUUCUCGUCUCCCAGGCCACUAUCAACGUUGGAUGCUAUGCAUUGAUAUGGUACCUGCCCACCAUCAUCACUAGUAUGGGCUUCACCGGGCUCCCCGAGGACCAGCCGUUGAACAUCCCCCCUUCUGCGGCUGCCAUCCUUUCCGCCCCUGCUGCGGCAUGGCUCAUUGGGAGGGCUUACUUUGUCCGUCCGGCCGGUGCCUUAACUGACUCCAAGAAUUGGGUCCUUCUCGGGGGCAUGGUCGCUUGCCUCAUCGUGUUCUUUACCAUCUCUAACCGCAUAGGCAUCUAUAUGGCGUGCAUUCUGAGCAACGCCUUCUUUAACGGAUACUAUCUCAUCUUUUGGGCGUGGCGAUCUGCGACCCUGUCCGGGUCGACCGCGACAGCUUUCACACUCGCCUUCCAGUCGGGCCUCGCACAAAUUGGCGUCAUCGUCGGGCCCCAGCUGUUUCCUUCAAAGUGGGCAUACAACCGAUACAAGAAUAGCUUUGCAAUUGCUGGCGCCUUCACGAUUGUGUCAUUCCUUGCCAAUCUCUGGACGUGGUGGCUGACCAGGAACACCGAGUACGAUGCUGGAGCCUUCCAAUGGCGGCAGGGGGGGAGGGUACACAAGGAAUAG